AUGGAAAAGCAAGGAUCACUCGGUCAUUGGAAUGUUAAAAUGAUGCCCAUUGAUAUAGAUGUUACGGUUAAUCAAUUAGCUCAAACAAUAGGUCUGCCAAUGAAGCGUUUAUCUUUUCUCAAGACUAACGAUAAUAAUUCCCGUUAUGCAUUGGUUAAUGGCUUUGUCAAUAAACAAGAAGCCGAUAAUUUUGUCAUGAAAAUGUCAGACUUACGAAUUUCUGGUGAACCUGUAAGAUGUGUUGCAGAUACACCUCAUUUAUCGUCGCAAUCAACAACGUCUUCUAGUAAAUCAUUCAAUGAUAUUGGACAUCAACCACAAUCUAAUCGAGGAACUGAAGGAAGAUCAAAUGAUUAUAAUAUAUCUAGUACGUCUGUACCUAUUAAGCCAAUUGAUACAAAUGGUACACCUAAUUUUGUAAAAGAUCAUGAAAAUAAAUCAACGGAAUCAACGCUACCAUCUUCUCAUCAAAAUCAAAAUCUAGCUCCGGAUAUUAAGACAUUAAAUGAAACAUUUCAAUCAUCAAAUGAAUCAGGUCAAUUGUCAUCUGUUAAAAACUCUGUUGAGAGUACGGUUGUUGAUUCUUCAGAGCCACAACCUCAUUCAUUCACGUCCACACCGUACCAAGGUCGACUUUGUAGUUAUGCAAACAAAGGCAAUUGCCGUUAUAAGGAUGGCGAAUGUGAAUAUCGUCACACACGAUGUCUAAAUUUUGAUUCAUGUGAAAAACCUGAUUGUCGUCUUGCACAUGCAAAACAACGGAAGUCAGAACCCAAGCCAUCAUCUCAUAUACCGAGUCUAAUAGGUACAAGGAAACUGUGUUUCAACGGCAUAUUAUGUUAUAAAGCUGAUUGUCAAUUUGAUCAUCCAAAGGGCUAG